GCAAGUCAAUCAUCGUGUUUACCAACUACCAACCCCUUGACUCGACUCGCUCACACCGCAACAAAAACUCUUUGUGCACAGACCAAUAGUCUCUUACCAUCUCCCCAGAAUCAAUCACUCUGGUUUCAUCUCCGUCGUCCCCGGCAGUCCGAGCACACAGUUUCAACUUCACUGCGUGUACCGUGUGAAUGACGAUGCCUGUCGUUGACGCCGAAUACCUAAAAGAGAUCGAGACAGCUCGUCGAGAGCUUCGUGCUUUCAUCUCCAGCAAAAAAUGCGCCCCUAUCAUGCUUCGUUUAGCAUGGCAUGAUGCUGGAACCUAUGAUGCGACUACGAAAACUGGAGGUCCAAAUGGCUCGAUCAGGAACGAGGAAGAGUUUAGUCAUGGCUCGAAUAACGGUUUAAAAAUUGCCAUUGAUUUUUGCGAAGAAAUAAAGUCCAAGCAUCCAAGGAUUACAUAUGCAGAUCUAUAUCAGCUUGCAGGUGUUGUUGCCGUCGAGGUUACUGGUGGUCCUACCGUUGACUUCGUUCCUGGUAGAAAGGAUUCAAGGAUCUCCCCCAAGGAAGGCAGACUCCCAAAUGCUAACAAAGGUGUACCACAUUUGAGGGACAUAUUUUACCGGAUGGGCUUAUCUGACAAGGAUAUUGUAGCUCUAUCAGGGGGCCACACUUUGGGAAAAGCACAUGCAGAUAGAUCAGGCUUUGAUGGCCCUUGGACUAGGGAGCCACUGAAAUUUGAUAAUUCAUACUUUGUGGAGCUGCUGAAAGGGGAGUCGGAGGGGCUUUUAAAGCUUCCAACAGACGUAGCAUUGCUGGAAGAUCCUGGGUUCCGCCAUUAUGUUGACCUGUAUGCCAAGGAUGAGGAUGCAUUUUUUGCAGAUUAUGCAGUAUCACACAAGAAACUUUCUGAAUUAGGAUUCACUCCUCGUUCAUCUUCCUGUAAGCUGGAUAGCGUCGUACUGGCACAAAGCGCUUUUGGGGUUGUCGUUGCUACUGCUGUCGUGAUUGUUGGUUACAUCUACGAAUCCCGGAAAAGGAUGAAGUAAGAAACACAUAGAAGUCCGAAAAAUCAAGGCAAGUUGACUUGCAUUUCCACAACUAUGGAACCUUACACAUUUGUAGUCCAAUCCUACUUGGCCUCAUAGAUUGAUAUGCAUCCAUGAAUGAAACAAGAAAACAAAAAACAACCUUUAUGUAUGUGAUUGUAAAUAAGAGGCCUCUGCUUAUCGAUAAGAGUCAUCACCCUCCCUUGCCU